GAUGAUGGAAUUAAUUCUGAAUGGGUUCAAGUCAAUGAUGGAUGGGAAAAAAAAAGAAAUUAGGAAAACUAUUUUAUAUUUACACGGUGGAGUUUAUUUUAUGCAUAGUAAAGAAACUCAUAGUAAUAUUACAAGCUCUCUUGCUAAAAUAACGAAUGCAAGAGUUUUAGCAAUUAAUUAUCGACUUGCACCUCAAAAUCAAUUUCCCGCCGCAUUACAAGAUGUAUUGGCUGCUUAUUUGUACCUCUUAAAUCCUUCAAAAGAUGCUGGGUUUGAACCUUUAAAUCCAAAAAAUAUUGUAGUUUGCGGUGAUAGUGCUGGAGGUGGUUUAAGUUUGGCUCUCAGUCUUGUUAUACGUGAUGCUCGUGAUUCUGGUUUGCCACAAUUAGCUGGUGUCAUCGGUCUGAGCCCAUGGGUUGAUCUUACAAUUAGCAUGCCUUCAAUAUUAAAUGACGAAUGUGCUGAUUAUAUUCCAAAUCUGAAAUGGGGUACUGCUACUAUUUUCAUAGAAUCUCAAGCUAGCGAAGAAUGUAAGGAAAAAGAUGCUGUUCUUGCAGCAAAGAUUAAGAAUCAAAAUCUUGGUCCCAAAAUUUGGCAUGAUUCUUUUGAUAGACCUAAUGGAAGAUUACACUUUUAUGUAAAUAAUGAAAGUCUAGCAAUUCCGUAUGUUAGUCCAAUGUUAGCUGAAAGCCUAGGCGAUUUACCUCCUUUAUUAUUGAUUGCAGGAGAUGAUGAAAGAAUUCGAGAUGAAGCGAUUUAUUUUGCUCAUAGAUCUGCUGAACCAACUAAAUAUAAAGGCCCAUCUUAUAACGCUGGUAAAUUUGAAAAAUCACCAUUCCAAACACCGACAAAUACUACACUCGAAAUAUAUGAAGAAAUGCCUCACGUAUUUCAGAUGAUGGAACAUGCUUGCACUACAAAGUCGUAUGAACGUAUGACUGAAUUCAUAAAUAGAGUAACAAAUACUCUUAACGAACCACUUCCUCCUUUCUCUUAUAAUUACGUAAAUGUUAAGGGAGAAUUCAGUCCUUUAAAAGAAUAUCAUAAAAAAGUUCUUAAUUGGAAAAAUAUUGGUAUUGUACCAAGCUAAGUAAUCACACGAAAUAAUUGAAAUGAACUCAACGUAAAUGGUAAGUAAAUUAAUAGUAGAUAACUUGCUUAGGAAAGUUGAAUUAAAGCUAUUAACUUAGAAUGGGAAACUAUUUACUUGAAUAUUUAUUAUAAGUAACUGAAAUUUUGUAAAUUAAAUAAUAUAACAGAAAAAUCCAUUUUUU